AGUCAGUUGUUGGUGUACGAUCGCGCUAGACGGAAGGGCAAAGUUGCUUAGAGAAGUGUUUUGUGAGAUAAUUUUUUUUUGGGUCUGUGAGGUGGGCCUUUUGCUCAUCUUCUAUUUUUCGGGCAUUCCUAGCCAGUGACUCAUAGUUUGAGGAAUUCCUCAGUGUCUCUCAGUUCUUACCCUCGUCAGACAGUGAUUGUGAGAAUAUGACGACAACACUGCAUCAACCUGUGCCUAAUCCUCAGCUAAAGAGGAUGGUGUACUCAAAGUACCGUGAAAUGCUGGGAUCGUACAAUGACAAAGCCAAUACGAUCAUUCAGGCUCUGCCUCAGUACCUUGUGCAUGAAGACAAAGGAUUCAAUAUCACAGAUCUCGUGGAAAAUCCCCGAGAUGGCUAUGGAGCACCUCCUCCACCACCCCCGCCCGUCAUGGGAAGUAUUCCGGCCACGCGACUUCAGACACAGCUACCAGCGGAGCCUCCGGCAUGUGUGCAGAACGCAAUGAUGACGAAGGAUAAGAAGCCUUUUACCUAUACACCAGGAGGUAUUGACUUGUCUCAGAUCAAAUCCCCGCGGAUGGCUAAGCGAAUAUCUCGAAAUGCCAACUCAGAGGGUGUUACCGGAGUUCCCAAAAUGUCUCCUUUGGCUCAGCCUAAUACACCAGGAGUCCAGCCACCAACUCCACCCUGUUUGCCCUCUGGAAUGCCAGUUCAGGUCUUCCCAUGUGGACCACCUCAGCCUCCGCCACCACCACCGCCGCAGGCAAAGCUGAAUGCACCCCAGAAUGGCAUCAACGGUAACAAAAGUCCCGAGCGAAAGUCCCCGCAGUCCUUUGAACCACCCCCAUUCGGCUGUCGACCAGAAAUCAAAAUUCCGCCAAAUCCCAUGGCCAAUCUGCGACCAACUCCGAAGCCACAACCAAAAGAUGACUUUUGGGUCGAGGAGUAUCGCAGGGAAAGAUCGAAAAGUCCCAUGGCACCGCAACAAUCCGCUGCUCAAUCAACCAACGAGCCUUCGGAGAAACAGGAAGAAGUUCCUGCAACAAAACCUGAAGUUCAGAAGCCACAGAUCAGUCAGAAACCGACAAGUCCGGUUAAUGUGGUUCCCAAGAGAAUCAGUCCGGUGCGAUCACCGAGUCCGGUAACGUCCCGUCCGCAGGUUCAACAACCAAGUCCAGCAAGAACACCACAACAGGAAACGCCGCUUACAGUCUACAACAACGUAGCACCAGCUCAGAAGGAAGAAAGUCCAGUGAGGAUUCCGGUGAGGAAUCAAAAUUCAACAAACCAGAGGGCUCCGAGUCCGGUGAGGCAGGAUCCUCCACCACAAUCUCCUCCUCAGAGGAAUAUUCAGUUGGGAAGUAUCUAUAUCCCACCGGUUCAGGACCAGAUGGCAAAUAGACAACAUCUGCUGAAUCAACAGACUCCACCCUGGAUGCAGUCUCGUCAUGCUGGCCAGAAGGAAAUGCCUGAAUGGGUGAAUCGAGAUGAGACACCUAAAGUUCAGCAGAAUCAAACGACGUCAAAUCCCAGAGAGAGGAUCAUUCCGAUCCAAUUGGAACAGACUCCAACUCCUACCAAAACCCCUAUGACACCUGGAUUUGGACCACAACCUUUCUACAACGUAGCUCAGCAGUACAGUAGCGUUCAGUCGCCACCGACAACACACUCUUCUCCAACCUACACAACUCCAUACAACAACCCCAACCAGUUCGUUGAUCAAGGCUACAACAACAUCAACUUCGCGGCCUCUUCUAAUCAACCUUGGGGAAAUGCACAACAAAAUUCAGGCCAAAGGAUCAUCCCAAUCAGCGUUGAAGGACAAACCCCUCCUGAGAAUUCAUUCAACGUUCGCGGUCCAGUGUCUCAACAACCGGCUGUGAUCAGAAGUGGAAACUGUAUAUUUUUUAUACAUGACUGUCCCUUAGAGGCUGAAUUACGUUACAUUAAGCAUAGACUCAGUGAUCCACGGUCACCACAGAAUGUACCACAGCCCCCAUGGGUUCAGCCCAAUCAGUCAAAGUCCUUCCGGAUCCUCCAGAAGAUGACAGAUACAAUUGCCGAUGGACAGACAAGCGAAGAGGAUACCGGACCGGCUGAACUUCAACAACCACACUAUUCACGUCCCCUCGGACCGGCUGAUAUGAAUGAGAAUCAACUGCGAAAACUUCAACUGUCAGAUCAUGAUCGAGCACUGAUGAACCGCGUGAAGAAUCAAGUGGAUCAAGAAACAUAUCUUCAUAGCGAAGAAGAUCCUAGAUAUCGCGGUGCAGCGAUACCAUCAAAAGCAUUUAAAUUGCUUCAAAAUAUGACUGAUGGAGGGCAAGCUUAUGAUAAUCAGGCUGCUAUCCAUCGAGCAAAUCCACGAUUUGCCCAACAAAGAGCUGUCUUUCAACCCAAUGAAGGAGAAAAUCAAGUGUACGUCCAUCCAAGUGAACAACACGUACCAGAACCGAAAAUCUACACUGGAAGUGCCAUCCCAAGCCGAUCCUUCAAGAUGCUUCAGGCCAUGACAACCCCUGAAAAUGCCGCUUUUGUAGCCGAAGGCACUGAUACCUCAGACAUUGACGAUCCUAACUAUUCUCCCUUACCCUAUCCACCACCUUAUCCCUACUACUAUGAUCCCCAUUGGCAGUACUAUCCUCAUCCCCCAUCGCCUAUGACCGUUCCUCCAGAUGGUGGAGCUUACUGGGGUGGGUUUUACGGGCCACAAGGAUACAAUCCCAACUUUGGAUACUAUCCUUACUACGGAUACCCGCCCUACUAUGGGCCACCAUUUGUACCAAUCUCUCAUCCAGAUGAAGAAAUGAAGCAAUCCCGGAAGACACCUUCACUACGACGAACUCCCAGCAUUGUUGUCACUCCAACCCCAGAAGAACAACUUGAGAACAGCUGGAGUGAAGAUGUGAAGAAGAAUCUUAGUGGAAGCGACAAGAGAUACUCUGGAGACGACGAGAAGAUGACAAAUGAAGAUUCAGAUGAUUCGGACUCUUCAUCUUCCUCUUCCGAAACAGACAAAUGUUCACCAAUUCCUCAGAGUCCUUCCAAAUCCGGUCUUCAAGCUAUCAAAUCCGUAACAGAUAUCAAUGUUUAUGCCGAAGACUCCGAUUCUGAGGACGAAACUGAAGAAGCUGAAGAAAUCGAUCACGAAGAACUACCAGAAGCUGAAGUUAAUGAUGAGAUUAUUCCUCAUCAAUUAAGCGUCAUAUACGAAGAAAGUGAACGAAGUAAACGCAGAAGUUAUGACGAUACGGAAACUGGGUCUACGUUCAGCGAUUCAGAUGCAACAAUAGCCUGUGAAGAAGAGGAACCACAUCAAGAAGAACAGAAAGAAAACAUGGUCACUGUUAGACUUCCUCUGAAGCUGUCCUACAGCCGUUCAUCCAAUGACGAAGAAAUUACAACGGUUCAAGUUGGCAACAGCGAGACAACGAGAAAUUCUUCAGAUGCAGACAUUAGUGUUACCGUCAGUAUACCAUCGAGAGCCAGUUCUAUCGAUCGAAGUGGUCUCAGCAAAACCCCUUCAAUGGAACGAAGAAAUUCUUCAGGAUUUGAAUUUGAUGAAUCUGAUUCGGAAGUUUCCGUGAGUGUCUCCCUUCCAAUGAAGAGAGACAAAUUUUUCGGCGAAACUCAAAAAUCUGGUACUUGCAAUGAUAUCUCAGUAGACAAACCUACCAAUGAUACCGACAAAGUAAAUGGGGUACUAGAAGAAGAAGAAACAGAGUACGAAUAUGUUACAGAAAGUGAUGAUGAAAUUAUGAUUGAAGUGCAAGCAAAAGAAAAAUCUCCCCUUGAAACAAUUGAAAGCGGAUCUGAAGAAAGCACAGAAUACGAAUAUGAAGAGGUGACCGAAACAGAAUGCGAAGAGAAAUCAAAGAAAGAGGAGCCUACAGCAACAAAAAAAGAAAACAAGGUGGAAUUGAAGAACAACGAGGAAGAAGAUGAAUCUUCAGAAGAGGAGACAGAAUACGAAACAGAAGAUGAUUCAGACACAGAGGAAGAAAUAAUUCGAAAGGUUACUUAUGUUAAGGAAAUUAUAAUACAUCACAACUUUAUAAAUCCUCAAUGGUUCCCGAUUGAGAUGUUAAAACCAGAGGAGCCGCAGGUUGGAUAUCUUUCUUAUAUCAAAGAAGAUACUCCAGAAUUUGUAAAAUACCGUGAUGUAAUGAGCAUAUCAAAGGCUAAUGAAGAGAAAGUUGAAAAUGACGAGGAAGAUGAGGAAUAUGAAGAUGAAGAAGAGGAGGAGGAAGAAGAGGAAGAGACAGAAGAAGAGGACGAAGAAGAAGAACAAUCCAAGGAAGAACCAAAAGAAGAAGAACCUAAACUACCGGAAAUAAUUCCGGUGAUUCCGACAACACCACUGCCAGGCCUAGAAACUGACAAAGGCCCAGACGAAGAGGAAGCAAAGAUAUCAGUUAAGGAUCGGAUCGCUGUGUUUGAAAAUGUAACAUCCAAUCCUCCAACCAGACCUCCCCAAAUUCGUGAUAUUAGACGAUUAGGUAAUUCUAUCUAUCGCUCUUCUAUUGAAGAGUCUGCUGAUGAUGAAGAUUCUGGUGUCACGUCCGAUAUAAGUCGUCCAAUCUCUGACACAGAAUCUGAAAACUUCCCCGAACUGAGAAAGAUGAGUCGUUACCAGAGGGCUGCGACUCACUCUCGUCUCUUCAAGCUCCUUCAGGAGGAGUGUGAAGGAGAGGAGAAGGCAGAAGUUCAAGAACAACAACCAAGUAACCCUAAAGCCUACAAGCCCAAGAAGAUAGUUCACAAUGUAUCUAUUACACGUAGAAAUAAUCCAAACGCAGCAUUUGAAGCAGAAACUAUGGAAGAGCGUCGAAAGAGACUUUCACUGCCACUAGAGAAGAGUUCAAGCACUGAUCAGGAGAGUAUGUCAUCAUCUGUAUCAUCAACAUCACCCACUUCGAGUGGAGUCAAUGAGAAGCUAGUUAGUGAGUUGGUGCAGAGUUUGUUGAUGCAAAAGCGCGGGCGGAUGUUAAGAAAUGUUCCUAUUGAGAAGCUACAUGCUGCUGCCAAGAGGGUCUUGCUGGAAGAUGUGGACUUGGACAGUGUGAUGGGUUCGUCACAAGAAGACACAACAGUGGACUCAACUCCGGCUCUAACACCUCAAGAGUACACCUAUUCCGAUUAUUAUGAUUCCUGGAAUGAUACCGACGACCAGCGCUAUAGCUACGACAUCGUUCCUUCGAAGGCUUUUCGUUGCCUUCAAGAACAAUCCCUGACUGGUCAACGGAAAUCCUGGGCAGCACGAUGUCCACGUGUUUUGAGCUCUAAAACAGUCAACAGAGAUUUGUCACGCGUGGCAGAAAUUCGUGAAUCAGAAUCCCCAGAAGUCACACCACCUGCCACCUCUUCACGUUCCACACCAUCCACCCACAUGUCCAGUCCCACCCCCAUGUCAUCGUGUGAUCUCAAGCCCGGACGCAGUCGCACCCCAAUGUCUGAGGACACCAUCGUCCACUAAAGGAGGCACUUUUAGCAUCAGACGCUGUCUGAUAUCUCAAAUUAAACCCACACAAUUCACAUGAUCUCUCACUCUCCCCACCUCUCUGUAACCACAACAGAGGGCUGAUGGUGUGAUCGAAAGUUCAUUUGUAGAUUCACAAAUUGGGUCUUUAAGCAUGAAUCAAAAAAGGUAU